AUGGCUGACUCACCUAAUCGGCCCAACUAUGGCAGCCUCAGCAAUCGCAGCACCGCAUCCCGGAGAAGCCGACCUUCGAUGCGUGUCCCAUCGGCUCGCUCAUCCGUGGCCUACGAUGACUAUCCCUCCCACCUGCACCCCCACGCGCUUCGCUCCGUCAGCUCGCGCUUCUCCCUUGGCGAUUUUGCCGCCACGAGAAGCGAAUUCGACUUUGACGAUGAUGCGUCCUCCAUCUUUGAGAGAGCCACAGUUGCAUCCGAGGCCGGUGACGUAGCCGGUGACAAGUUCGUCGCCGUUGGUGGUCUGAACCUGGAUCUGGGCCAGGUCGACGGGCCUGGUCAGACGGUCAUCGAACACAGUGAGGACGACGACGAGAGUGGCUCAUCGGGCGACUAUUACGACCUUCUCUGUCUGCCUCGAGACCCCUUGCUCACCCCACGCCGCAUUCGACGGGCAUAUUGGACGUUGCUGGCUCUGCUCCUCGACGACACCUACCCGGAGAACUUGAGCCCUCUGGCGACGGCCUAUCUGAACGAGGCGCAGCAUGCCUUUGAGACACUCAUCGACCCGGCGAGGCGAGUUCAUUACGAUAUGAGGUCGCGAGCCUGGCUUAUCACAGAUGACGACUCCCAAAAGGAGAAUUCUGAGGAGCUUUACGAAGACGCCCUGGUACACCACCAAUGGCUCGCCCGGUGCCGAGACUUGGAAUCGUCGGCCGUGACCCUGCGUCUCGAUGCUUCUCCUUUGGUCCAGGGUGCGCGCCAACUAGGGAACCGAAAUGUUCUCUUACAGCCGCUCGACUUUGCACUCAGCCAGUCAGUGACAACUGCUCUCCCUCACUUCGGCCGCUUCUUGAUGAGUCUUGUCGACGGCCGACGAUUAGCAUCACACGCGCGGGCCACUGGCGCGCUUACCGAGCUGACGGCAGCCCCGAACCUUUACCUUCCUGCACCGGAGCUGACCCUAUCGGGCUCAGCUUACGGUCUUUUCGAUGUGGUAGCCAUCCCCACUAACCUGCCCGACCUAAUCCACCCCUUGCACACGCCUCGAACACCAAGCCCCAAGCUCCAACGUCUGCCCCCACGUGCCUUUUCCCCGGGCGUCAACUUCGAUUUGCAUCAGGACUUUCUCCGCCGGACCGCAGAUGGUGGGGUUCUGAAGUCGUUUGUUCAGUUCUACUGUGACCCUUUGGGACGGAGGCUAGGCACUCGUCUCUCGCAUGAGGUGGCUGUCGGCAAGAAACCUCUAACCAUCGAAGUGAAUACGCAGUCCUCACGCAUAGCCUCCCAAACCCUCUCUCAGGCCGCCGCCGGGCUAAGCUAUUCAGUGGGGAACGGCCUUGCCUAUAUCAGUGCCGGCAGCGAUGGUUGGCGAGGAGACAUGAUUGGCACCCUUUCAGCGAACCAGAACCGGGUUGAAGGGGGUGAUCCUAGUGUCGGGCUCUCUCUUGUUUCAACACCCACACUUGAGCUUGGAUUUGCCACGGCUUCUGUGCGGCCCUUGACAGCUCUCGGACGCUAUGAUCCACAGCUGAUCAGUGGAGGUAUAUACGGACUAGACCACGAAACGGACGGCCCAGAGGACGGGUCCUGGUCUGCACAUGCGUCAUUGACUUCGAGUACAGCCACGGGGUCCCUCCGCUACAGUCGGGAUGUCUCUGGCUUGGGCAGCUCGUUUUCCGGUACCAACAGCCGCAUUGAGAUCGAGCUUGCUUCCAACUCAAUGUUCGAGCGGCAUCUUGCCGUUCGAAAUCUGUGGCGCGUGGGCGUCCAUGCUAAACUUGGACUUGAGGCUGGCGUUGGCAGUCACGCUAUCCACCUAUCGCUGUACUGGUCUCGCCUCAAGCACCGGUUCAGUCUUCCUCUGCUUCUCUCAUCGCCAGGCACAACGGCAUCUGUGGGUGUUGUUUUCUGGGCUGCUUUGCUGCCCUUCCUCACCAUGGCCGGGAUGCAGUACGUAUCGACCAAGCGCCCAGCCUCCAAAGCAGAAGUGUCCGGGACGAGCAAAACAGAAAGGAUCGAAUCACGCAUGGCGAGGAAACGGGCCGAGGCUGAGGAGGUUGCAGCACUGCUGACGGGCCCCGUUGAGGCCAAGCAGCAGCGUCGGCGUGAGAUAAAUGGUCUCGUGAUUCUAGAUGCUAAGUAUGGCGUCCAGUCUGCGCUGGAAGACGGCAGCGGCAGUUUGUGGAGCGCUGGAAAAGUCGCAAAUGUGACAGUCGCGACGGCGGCACUUAUUGACAGUCAAGGACGUCUCGUCAUCCCCGCAGGCGUGAGGAAGAGCGGAGUGCUUGGGUUCUGGGACCCCGCGCCCGGGACCGCCAAGGUGCUGCAGGUACGGAACACAAGGGACGCCGAGAUGUAA